AUGCUGACAGAGUCGUGUGGGCCAAUGGGAUCAGAUGUGAGAGAGCUAGGCGCUCUGCUCUCGCCUGUAGCCACCUUGUCAGGGGGGAAUACCAACUGUUCUCUGCCCUUGAGCGCACCCCCUCAGUGGAAUCCAGUGUUGGACUUCCACCCCUCUUCACCCUAUGGGUCUCUGUCCUCCCAUUCUUUUAUCAAACAGGAGCCAGUCUGGGGGGGAACAGAUCCCCUUGAUGACUCUCACUGUGGCCUGGGGGCCUUCACUGUCCAUUUCUCUGGACAGCUCACAGGGACAAGUGGCUGUAGACAUGGAGCAUUCUCAGAGCUGCCCUCCAGCCAGGGCAGGGUGUACCCCAAUGGGGCCUACUUGCCCGGCUGCAUGGAGAACCCGCCAGCGCCACGGAAUCAGGGUAAGCAAUAUUUAUUGACGCUGGACGGAACUCCCAAUUAUGGUCAGACACCUACUCACCAUUCCUCUCCCUUUCCCAGUCACAACUUCAAACAUGAGGACCCCAUGUCCCAGCAAACCAGCAUGGGGGACCAACAGUACCCUGGCCCUCCUCCUGUAUAUGGCUGCCACACACCUGAUAGCCAGACACUGCUGUUGAGAAAUGCUUAUAGCAGUGAUAACUUGUACCAAAUGGCCUCACAGUUGGAAUGUGUAGCGUGGAAUCCUGCCAAUACACUGACUUCCACUAUCAAGAGUCACAAUACAGGUUAUGAGAGUGACGCCUCCUCUGCCACAGCGCCCAUGGUGUAUAGCUGCAGUGCUCAGUACCACAUCCACACACGUGGCAUGUUCAGGGGGAUUCAGGAUGUAAGACGAGUACCAGGCAUCACUCCUUCCAUAGUGAAAUCAUCAGAGACCAGUGAAAAACGCCCAUUUAUGUGUACUUAUCCUGGUUGUAGUAAGAGAUACUUUAAAAUGUCCCAUCUGCAGAUGCACGGAAGGAAACACACAGGUGAGAAGCCAUACCAGUGUGAUCAUGCUGACUGUGGCCGCAGGUUUUCCAGAUCAGAUCAGCUGAAGAGACAUCAGCGCAGACACACAGGAGUGAAACCUUUUCAGUGUGAGGUGUGUCAGAGAAAGUUUUCACGGUCAGACCACCUAAAGACCCACACCAGGACUCAUACAGGUAAAACAAGUGAGAAACCGUUCACAUGCCGUUGGCCCAGCUGUCAAAAGAAAUUUGCCCGCUCUGAUGAGCUGGUUCGGCAUCACAGUAUACACCAGAGGAACCUGACCAAGCUGCAGUCUGCACUCUGAGCACUCUGGUCACCCUGACCAGCUGACUCUCUUCAGCUUCAUGGACCAAAAGUUCCUCAUCUGCAGAGUCGUGCUAUGGUUUAAG